AUGUCGUUUAAUUACUAUAUUUCAAUCUUAUUCGUUUUACUAUUAAUCACUCACAAGAGUUAUUCGAAAGCGAUUCCACAAUCGAAAGAUAAAAAAGAAUUAAUUUCUUCGAAUAAUCAAAUAACUUUAAAAACAAAGUGGACGCAAAAUGGUAUUACACUUGUUGAAGGAAAUCAAUUAUAUGAUCCAACUGGAAUUUCAAUUGACGAUGAUACUCAAACUAUCUAUAUUGCUGAUUCAGGAAAUGAUCGUAUUAUUAAAUGGAAAUUUGAUGAAAAACAAGGUGAAAUUGUUGCAGGUGGAAAUGGAAGAGGCAAUGGAUUAAAUCAAUUAGAUUGGCCAACUGAUGUUAUUCUUGAUAAAAAAACAAAUUCAAUUCUUAUUUGUGAUUUAAACAAUCGACGUGUUGUACGAUGGUCACUUGAAAUUAAUGCAUAUGGACAAACAGUUAUCAAUGAUAUUGAUUGUGGUGGCUUAAAAAUAGAUACUCAGGGAAAUAUUUAUGUAUCUGAUUAUGUUAAUAAUGAAAUAAAAAAAUGGUCAGCAGAAAAUCCAGAAGGAAUCAUUGUUGCCGGUGGAAAUGGAAAAGGAAAUCAAUUGAAUCAACUUAAUUAUCCAAUUUAUUUCUUCGUUGAUAAAGAUGAAUCAAUUUAUGUGUCUGAUCAUUUAAAUCAUCGUGUUAUGAAAUGGAUUAAGAAUGCAAAAGAAGGUAUCGUUGUUGCAGGUGGACAAGGUAAAGGAAAUCUUUUAACACAAUUAAAAGAUUCUUCAGGUGUUAUGGUUGAUCAUUUAAAUAAUAUUUAUGUCGUCGAUUCGGGUAAUAAUCGAAUAGUACGUUGGUCAAAAGAUUCGAAAAAAGGUCAGGUGCUUGUUGGUGGAAAUGAAAAAGGUGAAGAAGCAAAUCAAUUCGAUUAUCCUACUGGUUUAGCAAUGGAUCGACAAGGUAAUUUAUAUGUCGCUGAUUUUAGUAAUCAUCGUAUACAAAAAUUUCUUAUUGACAAUCAUUAA